UGUUGAGUUAGAGCUUUGCUUUCCGGGGCAGGUGGUCUGUCGUUGCCGCAGCUGUAGGAAACGGAGGCCAUUUUCCGUUUCUAGGCGAGUGAGGGUAGAGUGCGAGAGGAAAAGGAAGACGAAAGGGCUCAGCGCCUCCCCGCCAGGCCGUGGAGAGAAGGGCAGUUUCGGCAGGCGGGUGAGGUUGCUGAGGCCCCGGGGAGAUGUUUUCUCUAUCGAGCACGGUGCAGCCUCAGGUUACAGUUCCUCUGAGUCAUCUCAUCAAUGCUUUCCAUUCACCAAAAAGCACAUCUGUUUCUGUCAGUGCAUCAGUUUCUCAAAACCAGCAUCGAGAUCUGGUUCUUGAGCAUGAGGCUCCCAGCAAUGAGCCUGUGCUUAACUUAAGGGACCUUGGAUUAUCUGAAUUAAAAAUUGGACAGAUUGAUCAAUUGAUAGACAGUCUACUUCCUGGAUUUUGUAAAGGCAAAAACAUUUCUUCCCACUGGCGUACAUCUCACGUCUCAGCACAGUCCUUCUUUGAAAAUAAAUAUGGUUACAUAGAUGUUUUUAGUACUUUACGUUCCUCUUGCUUAUACAGACAACAUUCAAGAACUCUUAAAAACAUUUGUUCGGAUCUUCAGUACUGGCCAGUUUUCAUACAGUCUCGUGGUUUUAAAACUUUGAAAUCAAGGACACGUCGUCUACAGUCCACUUCUGAAAGAUUAGCAGAAACACAGCAUAUAACACCAUCAUUCAUGAAGGGAUUUCUUUUGCGAGACAGAGGAUCAGAUGUUGAGACUUUGGACAAACUCAUGAAAACCAAAAACAUACCUGAAGCUCACCAAGAUGCUUUUAAAACUGGUUUUGCAGAGGGUUUUCUGAAAGCUCAAGCACUAACACAAAAAACCAAUGAUUCUCUAAGACGAACCCGUCUAAUUCUCUUUGUUUUGCUGCUAUUUGGCAUUUACGGACUCUUAAAAAACCCGUUUUUAUCUGUCCGCUUCCGGACAACAACGGGGCUUGAUUCUGCAGUAGAUCCUGUACAGAUGAAAAAUGUCACCUUUGAGCAUGUUAAAGGAGUGGAGGAAGCUAAACAAGAAUUACAGGAAGUCGUCGAAUUCUUGAAAAAUCCACAAAAAUUUACUGUGCUUGGAGGCAAACUUCCGAAAGGAAUUCUUUUAGUUGGACCACCAGGAACAGGAAAGACACUUCUUGCCCGGGCUGUGGCUGGAGAAGCUGAUGUUCCUUUUUAUUAUGCUUCUGGAUCAGAAUUUGAUGAGAUGUUCGUUGGUGUGGGAGCCAGCCGUAUAAGAAAUCUUUUUCGGGAAGCAAAAGCGAAUGCUCCUUGUGUUAUAUUUAUUGAUGAAUUAGAUUCUGUUGGUGGGAAGCGAAUUGAAUCUCCAAUGCAUCCAUAUUCCAGGCAGACUAUAAAUCAACUUCUUGCUGAAAUGGAUGGUUUUAAACCCAAUGAAGGAGUUAUCAUCAUAGGAGCCACAAACUUCCCAGAGGCAUUAGAUAAUGCCUUAAUACGUCCUGGUCGUUUUGACAUGCAGGUUACAGUUCCAAGGCCAGAUGUAAAAGGUCGGACAGAAAUUUUGAAAUGGUAUCUCAAUAAAAUAAAGUUUGAUCAAUCUGUUGAUCCGGAAAUCAUAGCUCGAGGUACUGUUGGCUUUUCUGGAGCAGAGUUGGAGAAUCUUGUGAACCAAGCUGCAUUAAAGGCAGCUGUUGAUGGAAAAGAAAUGGUUACCAUGAAGGAACUAGAGUUUUCCAAAGAUAAAAUUCUGAUGGGGCCUGAACGUAGAAGCGUGGAAAUUGAUAACAAAAACAAAACCAUCACGGCAUAUCAUGAAUCUGGUCAUGCUAUUAUUGCAUAUUACACUAAAGAUGCAAUGCCUAUCAACAAAGCUACAAUCAUGCCUCGAGGGCCAACACUGGGACAUGUGUCCCUGUUGCCUGAGAAUGACAGAUGGAAUGAAACCAGAGCUCAGCUGCUUGCACAGAUGGAUGUUAGUAUGGGAGGAAGAGUGGCAGAGGAGCUUAUAUUUGGAACUGACCAUAUUACAACAGGUGCUUCCAGUGAUUUUGAUAAUGCAACUAAAAUAGCAAAGCGGAUGGUUACCAAAUUUGGAAUGAGUGAAAAGCUUGGAGUUAUGACCUACAAUGAUACAGGGAAACUGAGUCCAGAAACGCAAUCUGCUAUUGAACAAGAAAUCAGAAUCCUUCUAAGGGACUCAUAUGAACGAGCAAAACAUAUCUUGAAGACUCAUGCAAAAGAGCAUAAGAAUCUAGCAGAAGCUUUAUUGACCUAUGAGACUUUGGAUGCCAAAGAGAUUCAAAUUGUCCUUGAGGGGAAGAAAUUAGAAUUGAGAUGAUAUCUCUUUAAAUGGAUGCACUGCUGGUUUUUCUGCGAGAAUAUAAGUAGCACUGCAGUAGUCUCCUUUUGCAACGCCUUUCACCCUUUCAUGACUUAGUAUCACUCAAGGGUGUGAAACACUUUGUCAACCUUUUGUCACAUUUAUCGAAUUUGGGUUAUUCUCAUGAUGACACCUCUUGCAAAUCAGCAACUCAUAACAAAUAUGUUAAAGAAAAUAAAGAACUAUCAGCACUGAAAACAGCUUGUUUGAGAAAUGUCAAUCAGUUAUUAAGUUGAAAAUAAGAUUUUACGGUUGGUUACGCUACUAGAUGUGGAUAAAAUCGUGCCUUUAGCUCUUUGAAGUAUUUUUGUGUAGUAAAGUAAAAUUGUUGACAGAUUGUCUUUAUUUCUAGGUAGUACCAUUUAUCUUUGAUAAGGAAAUGAUGCUAUUUGGCUGUUGGUAAACCAUAUUUCUACAUACAUCAGUGAAAACUUCAUUAAGAUGUACUUAAUUAUGCUCUAGAUUGUUUAUAUAUAAAAUGUUUUUUAAAAAAUCUUAAGAGUAGAGAAUUGUAAACGUACAAUCAGAAUUUAAAUGGUUAUAAACUUUAAAAAAUGCA